CCUAUGACGCUCUUGGGCGCCGGAAGAGGACGGACCCAACAUGGCGGCGCCCCUAAAUGCCGGAAGGAGCCGCUCAUGUCAACUAACAGAGCGCUGUGGGGUCGCGUACGGAGCCGCCUCCGCGCCUUCCCCGAGCACCUGGCGGUCUGCGGGGCCGAGGCCACCGCGUACGGCCGGUGCGUGCAGGCCUCCACCGCCCCGGGCGGCCGCCUGAGGAAGGACCUCUGCGCCCAGGAGUUCGAGGCCCUACGGAGCUGCUUCGCCGCCGCGGUCAAGAAGAGCCUGGAGGGCAGCCGGCAGGGAGGCCCCUGAGCCACUGGACGUAGCCGCUGAGCAGGCUCAAGUGCCCUGAUGGCACCAGGGGCAAACACCAAAAGCUCUUGGGACUGAAGAGGCCACGGGGGACAAAGGUGCUGUGUGUUCAGGCGGUUUCUUACUCUCAAUGCAGUAGACCGUGGCUGGGGCGGGACGCGUUUGCCAGCUUUGUGUAUUUAAGAACUUGGGUUGGGAUAAAAUGUGACUGAGCUAAAAAUAAAGACUAGGCUACGGCCCA